AUGUGUAUCCUCGUCUUCGCGUCGCGCUUCUGCGAGCGCUUCCCCUUUAUUUUGAUCGGUAACCGCGACGAGCAGCUCGGGCGUGGUACCCGCCACCUCCGCUACGACGUUCGCACCGGCUUGAUAUGGGCCAUCGAUCAGCUGGCCGGCGGGUCGUGGAUGGGCAUCGAGCCACGCAGCGGUCGCUUCGCCAUCUUGACCAACUGCCGUCGUGCCGCGGCGGCCCCGCUUACGCGCGGCAGCGACGACACCAGCAUCAGCGACGCGGCUGCCCCGGCACGCACCUCAGACAAGGGUGCGACCAAAGAAACGCCGCAGAGGUCACAUCAAGUGACGGGGGACUGGCGCGGCGCCGCACCGCUCUCCCACAUACGCGACUACACAACGGUGGUCCCGGUACGUCCCGAGCUGCGCGAUCCGGCGCGGCCCGACGCGAAGACCUUAUCGUACGACCCACCCUCCUCGCGCGGCACCAUCGUGAAGGACUUUCUGCUGGACGGUGAACUCCCGCGUGAAACAGCAGGCGACUCCUUUCCUUGUCCACCACAUAGCCCGUUGACGCCGCCGUUUUAUGCCGGCUACAACCUCCUCACCUCCGACACGUUGCGCACGGUGUCUGCGACCUCGUCAUCCUCGCCGUCUUCCCCGGCUGUUGCGUACACCACCAACCGUUACGGCGCACAGUACAGGUGCCCUGUGACACCGGGCGAGGUGCACGUCCUACAAAACAGCUUCCUGGACAACACGCUCGGGGAGCCCAUCAGCGCACGUCUGCGCGAGCGCUUCGAGUCGGCGCUUCAAGAGGUGGUGAUGCCGCUGUCGGAGAGCGCGGCGGCUGCGUACUCGGUGACGGACGUGGCCACGAAGCUGGCGGACGCGUGCCUGUGCGACCGCCAUCAUUUCGAUAUAGCGCAGAUGAUGAAAAACGGAGAGACAGCAGAUGCACCUGCGGCCGCAGCAGCAGCGGCGGCCCUCAACACCACGAUUCACUCGACCAAUCCACUGUUGGGUUUCAGCGCAGUGGAGAUGCAAGAGUUCUUCGGCCGCGAUCAAUCCGCUGCAUCGACCUCGUCAUCGCCCUCAGCGCCCCUGCACCUCAGUGACGGUGGCGCUGCGCUGUUGGAGAUGCAUCUGCAGGCCAGCGUUCUCAAGACACCACUGGGCGGUUACGGCACCCGGGUGCAGUCGAUGGUGUUGGUAGAGCGGGUGGCGGUGACGGGCGCGGCAGCAGCAGAGGGGGCGCCGCCGUACGCCGAGGUGAUUUACUUUUGUCAACGCGAUAUUUCGUUCUCGGGGGAGGAGCAGAAACACUGCGUGGGGGCCCCGUGGAUCGUGUUUCGAGUUGACGCAGACGGCUCCUUCGCCCGGAUAUCGGCCGGAACGUAG